AUGGGUGCCAAACUAUCAUUAUUAGCACAAACAUCUCCAUCAAUAGGUAUUUUCUCUUAUAUUGACAUUUUACAAGAAGUUCACUAUAUAUCACAAUUAAAUUCUUCAAAAUUUUUAAAGACUUGUAAAGCCCUUGAUCCAAAUGGUGAAAUUAUUGUUAAAGUAUUUAUCAAACCAAACGAAGAAUUCACUGAACAAUUUAGUUUAAUUAUUAAAAGAAUACAGGAACAGCAAAUUAAAUUAGCUAAAUCGUGUUCUGUAUUGAAUUACAGUAAAAUUAUUGAUUCUAAAAGAGCAAUAUAUUUAAUUAGACAACAUUUGAAGGGUAAUCUUUAUGAUAGGUUAAGCUUAAGACCAUAUUUACAUCCAAUUGAAUUAAAGUUUAUCACUUUUCAAAUAUUAAAAGCUAUUAGUGAGAUUCAUGAUUUAGAUAUUGUUCAUGGUGAUCUAAAGACUGAAAAUAUAUUAAUUAAUAGUUGGAAUUGGAUAGUAAUAACAGAUUUUGCGUCCUUGAUUAAACCUGUUUAUUUACCGGAAGAUAAUCCAAGUGAAUUUACAUUUUAUUUUGAUACUUCAAAGAGAAGAUCAUGCUAUUUAGCCCCAGAAAGAUUUAAUUCUAAAUUAUAUUCUGAAAUAAAUAGUGAUAUAACAUCAUCGAUUUCAGAUAGCAAAAAUUUCCAUGUAACAAAAGAAAUGGAUACUUUUAGUGUAGGCUGUUGUAUAGCAGAAUUGUUUUUAGAAGGUGUUCCAUUAUUUAAUCUAUCACAGCUGUUCAAGUAUAAGAAUAAUGAAUACGAUCCAUAUCAAUUUCUGAUAGAUAAUAUACCUAGACUUGAUAUUUCAACAAAAGGUGAAAUUGGUAAAGAUAAAGAUACGAUUGAUGUGCUUUUGAAUGACACUAAUACAAAUAUGAUUUCUAAUGAUGAUAGAAAACAGAUAUGCAACCUAAUAAUGGAUAUGAUUCAUAUUGACCCACAAAAAAGAUUAUCAUGUAAAGACAUUUUGAUUAAAUACAGAGAUAUAUUUUUUCCUGAUUAUUUUUAUACUUUUACAUAUGAUUAUUUAAAAACUCUCGCCAUAUUAUCGACAAAUAUUCCAACAAAUGAUAAAUUAGUGACUAUUUACACUCUGAAGGAUAAUUUAAGUACUGUCAUAGAAGAUUGUGUUCAAAAGAUUUAUGCAGAUUUUGAGAAGAUAUGUAAUAAAUUGAAGUUUCCCAUUUCUACUUGUAACGAUAAAUUACAGAAUAAUAAAUCAAUGUUUAAAUUUCCUAGCGAAUUUAUUAGAUUCAACAAGGAUUUAUGCAUAGAACUGAACUCUUUUAAAAAUUAUAGUACUAAUAUAAAAACUAUACAAGAGGAAUGUUCGUUAUUAUAUCUUUCAUUUUUACUUCAUUCUCUUAGAUGUUGUCGUUUUGAAUCAAGUCAAAUUAAAUGUCUAGAGUUAAUUACUGCAUUAUCACAAUUUAUAUCAGAUGAGAAUAAAUUAGAUAGAGUCAUUCCUUACUUGGUCAACUGUUUUUUGAGCACUAAAUCAACUAAUGUACAAUCUCUAGCAUUGCAAAAUGUAUGUCAAAUAUUAUCUAAUGUCGAAGAACUAACUGCAUUAAAUGCUAACAUAUUUGUGGAUUACUUGUUUCCAAAGACGAAAAAGUUGUUACAACAAUGCAAUAGUACCAAUAAUAUCACGAUAGCAAACAAUAAUACCCAAUAUGUUAAAAUUAUAUUGGCAAAUUGUCUAGGGGAUUUAGUUACCAUUGCUGAACGAUUCGAAGGAUUGAAUUAUUUGAAUCAUACAAAGAGGAAUGAUAACUACAUAUUGUCAAGUUUUACAGAUUUACAUAUUCAAGAUAAAUCAUCAAGAAAAUUAAUUCAACUUGUCAGUGAUUUGACAAUUUCAUUAUUGACUGAUAAUUCUGCUCCUGUUAAAAUUUCACUGUUAAGAAAUAUUUUACCUUUAUGCAAAUUUUUUGGUAAGGAAAAGACUAAUGAUAUUAUAUUAAGUCAUUUAAUCACUUAUUUAAAUGAUAGAAAUUAUUUGUUAAGAAUGACACUAAUCGAAACUAUUCCUUCUAUUGCAAUUUUACUAGGACCAAUCACAUUAGAACGAUAUAUUCUCCCACUUCUGAUUCAAUCAUUAGUAGAUUCUGAAGAAUGUAUCAUAAUAGCUGUCCUUUAUGGAAUAAAAGAUCUUUGCAAAGUUGGCCUUAUAUCCAAGCCUGUUUUCUAUGAUUUAGCUGCUACAAUAAUUCCUUUAGUGUUUCAUCCAAAUUACUCAAUAAGAAAUGUGACAAUACAUAUCAUAUAUCAAAUAUCUCAGCAAUUAUCAAAAGCCGAAAUCUAUUGUAAGUUAUAUCCUAUAAUAAGGCCGUAUUUUGGUUUUGAUGUGGAAUUCUCUCUAGAGUUACUCAUUGACAGCUGUAAACAGCCUGUAUCGAGGAUAGUCUUUAAUCUGCUCUGUAGCUGGUCUUUACAUGCAUCCAAAUCACUAUUUUGGAAACAGACUGAUAAUAGUGACAUAGAUAUUUUUGGUAAUAGGAUUAUUACUUUCAUAGAUAAAAUUUAUGUCUCAAACAAUUAUCAUGUUAAUUCAAAUAAUAAAAAUAUUAUGAACGAAACUUCUACAAUGAAUAUAGUUAGUCAGAAAAGGAAAGCAUUUGAAACGAAUCUUCAAACUGAUUUAAUGUUAAACUUAGGGAAUGUAGAAGUGCCAUUAACCACUGAAGAUAAAUUAUGGAUUGAAAAGUUUAUUGCUAUUGGUACAAAGAGAAAAGACUUAUGGAAGUUGGAAAUAUUAAGAAGUUAUGUAAUACGAUAUACAAAGACAUGGAAUAAAUCUCCAAAUAAGUUGAAUGAACAAAAUAAUUUAUAUGGUAAUCAGGAAAUUAAUAAUAAUAAAUCAUUUAAUGUGAUACCAAGAAAUGUCUUUUUUGAUAUAAAAUUUAUUGCACCGAAUAAUGUAUUGUAUACAUAUCAAGACAACGAUAUUCCAUGUGCAUUGCAGAUUAAACAAGAAAAAACUAUUUCCGAUAAGAAUGAAACGGUACAAUUGCACAAUGAUAAAACUAAGUUAUUAACUUUAAUAAAUGUAAAUGGAUCCUUAUUAUUUCAGUCUCAGUUAUUGGGUACUACAGCAUCUAAUUUAAAUAAUAUUUAUGUCGAAUGUGACACAAAAUUGGGGUUAAAUGGUAAAUUAUUAUCAGAAGAAAACUUAGAGUAUUAUGGAUCCACGAAAAGAUAUAUUGUAGAAAAUAGCUAUGAAGGAACUAGUAACACUAUAAAGAGAUUUAUUAAAAGUUGCAAUAUUGUUCCAUCAUUAAAAGAAUUUAAAGAAUUUGGCUUACAAUUUAAUAUCGAGCAAGAUCAUUUAGAGUUUGGGGAUCUAAAUGAUAUGUUUGUUGCAAAUUUAUCUGAAAAUGUUGGUGAUUCCAUUAUUACCAUAAUUGCAUCACAUGAUAAAUGCUCUUUUUUAUUUACUGGAUCAUUACAUGGAAUUGUAAAUAUAUGGGAUAUGCUAUCAAUCACAAAUGGCAACAAAGUAUAUGCUACAGUAAAGUACACUUGUGGUGCCUCAAUAACCGAUAUGAACCUCCUCCCCGGUUUUGACACUAUUAUAAUUUCCUUGAACAAUGGGGUGAUGCUUUGUCUAAGGAUAGUAUCCACCAUUGAAGAAGGUGUAAAAAAGUUUUCUAAGUUAACAAGAGUCAGACAAUUGAAUAUAAAUACUCUGUCAAACAAAAAGGGUUUAACUUCUAGUGAUAAUUAUAUCAAAAAAUUUAUUAUUUGUCCAACUGAAGAAACAUCUAUAAUUAUUGCACUUACUAACAGACAUAAAAUUCUUUUGAUUGAUAUUAGAGACAUGACUUUCCUAAACAGUAUUCAGAUUCCAAAAAAGUAUGGUGCAAUUUCCUGUUUUGAAGUAAAUCCAAAUGAUAUGACAUUAAUCAUUGGGACAAUGAGAGGUAUAAUAAAUGUAUGGGAUUUAAGGUUUAAUAUUUUACUAAACAGUUUCACUUUUGGAGAUAACUCAUCUGUUACAGAUAUUAAAUUACUACCACAUUUUGGUGCUAAUCAUAUUUGUGUAACUAAAGGGUCAUCUAAUCCAUUAUUUUCGAUAUGGGAUUACUCUAAAAUAGCAUGUAAGUUAGCUGCUGUGAUAUCUGAUGAAGUACCCCCUCUUCAAGCAUUCAUGGCAAUAUCCAAAAACUUGGAUCAACGCAAAUACAACAUCGACAUUAAUAAAGGUUCUAUUUCAGCUAUAAAAGUGAGUGGUGCAUCUGUUAUCAUAGCACAACACAAUAUACAAGAUCUGCUGUUGUUUAAUUUAUUAAACUUUUCUAAGUGUAAAGUUUUGUUCAAGAAUACUUUUAAAGACUACGAGUUUGCUCCGGUCCAACUGACUGCGAAUUUAACUGUUCUAUUAGUAAAACCGUCAAUUGUUAAAUCACUAGAACCUAGUAUGCACGUGCCAAAGGAGACGGUCAAUCAUAUUGAAUUGGGGAAAAUAAACAAUGAAAGCAUUUUAUUUACAGUUAAUACACAAAAUAUUGUCAGUGUCUAUAAAUGA